GAUAGAUGUUCUGAUUCCUGCGAAAUUAGGUUUUGUUCUUUAUCUCUCCAUCCUUUCAAUUCGAUCCUUACCUCUUGUUUCUCCUCACUCUUGAAUCCACCAUCAUGGAUCUCCAUAUUCCGAUUCUCCUCCUGUUCGCCAUAUCUGCUGUCUCGUGCUUUCCUUCUGGGUUCUCUUCGUCUCCUGUUGACUUCUCCGUCUGCAAUCACGAAUUCGAUCUGUUCCGGUUCGAUCUACACUCCCAAUGCCCUCUUUCUCUCCCUCCAAAUCCUCCUAUCGAGGUGGAUGGAGACUCACUGGAUAGGUUAAUGGAUUUGAAUUUUGGUGGAAGUGGUUAUGUCUUUGCUGUACUCUUUUAUGCUUCGUGGUGUCCGUUUUCACGUGCUGUGCGACCUAAGUUUGAUAUGUUGAGUUCGAUGUUUCCUCAGAUACAGCACUUAGCUGUUGAGCAUUCUCAAGCACUACCAUCUGUAUUUUCAAGGUAUGGUAUCCAUAGCUUACCUUCAAUCCUGAUGGUAAAUCAAACUCUUAAGGCGCGAUACCAUGGUCGUAAGGAUCUUACAUCCCUGAUUGAGUUUUAUGAAGAAUCAACAGGUCUCAAACCUGUCCAGUAUUUGGCUGAAGCCGAACCAGCAACCAGCUUAGACACUACUGAUGGUAACCUGAUUACAUGGUUACGCAAUGGGACAUCUAUUUGUGAAAUAUUCAAACGAGAUCCAUUCUUGGUACUUUCUCUGCUGUUUAUCUGUUUACAAAUGGCGAUUCUCGUCUUCCCUAUAGCAGAAUCACGCAUGAAAGCAUUAUGGGCUUCUUAUGCUCCCAAUCUGAACCUGGAAAGAUUUGGAGAGGUAAGCCAAGUGUUCAGCCGUGCACUUCACAUGGUCGAUGUGAGGAGGCUAUGGUUGAAGCUAAAACUCGUCAAAACAAGGAGUUUCCAUGAAAGGGCAAAGAACGCUCAAGCUUGGGCUUCAUCUCUUGCUUCUGUCUCUCUAGGUCAAACUUCAUCAGACCAAUCCUGAUCCCUUGAAAAAUUAAGUUGUUCUGGAAAAUCUGAGAGUUCCUAUACAUGUAAUGUUAUAUUGACCUUUUUGAGUUAACUUGUCUGCAAUGAAAGCAUGUAAAUUCAGGAACAUCUUUGCUUAUGUUUGUGAAUAUCUCUUUUUUCUUUUUUUUGUUGUUGUUUUAUGAAUCUGAGAUAUCUGUUUUGACCUCAUUUCUUGUACUGAAUAAUUUUGAUUGAGUAAACAAAAAUUUCUCUUAA